UUGAAGUCCGUUACACAAUUAAUUAGCAAGUACUGAUUGUUGCAAGUUGAAUCUUACAAUUAAUAACAAUAUAAAAUACUAUUUAUAUUAAUAUAAUUAUUGAAGAAUUACAAUCAAGGUGAAUUUUUAAUCCAUUUACUAUUUUUUUAUUCGGCAAAUUUCAAAUUAAUCAAAAUGAAUAGAGGUUAUUCACAGCUGAGUGUUUCUAUGAUGAAGCAUACGAUUGUGUUUGAAUGGAAAGUAGAAAACAUCAAGACAUUUAUCGAAAUGUUUAAAAAUUCAAACGAGUGCAUUCAAAUAUAUUCACCAGAGUUUUCAGCAGGUGCCAAGAUGAAUGAUCUGUGGCAACUCAAGCUGGUACUGAAUGAUCAAUCAGAUGAUGAUUAUUGCAUAUCGUUGUAUCUGAUUCCCCUGAACCGAUGCAAUGAUCAGCAUAAAAUAAAAACCGCAUUUUCAUUUUUUAUCGUCGAUGACAAGGGAGUUAAAGUUGAGAUUGUAAAAUUCAAUAGAGUUUUUGAUAAACAUGAAGGCUGGGGUCUGCCGAUUUAUAAAAAAGAGGAUUUGAUUAAAGAUGAAAGCACUUUCAUGUGGGAUCCAUUUACUGUAGGUAUCGAGCUGACUGUAUUUGAUUCUGACAUCAUGCCUUUUACUGUUGAAUCAUUGAAAAAAUUAAAACAUUCAAUGGUAUAUGAUUACAAUCAACUGUUCCUAAGUAAGCAAGACAGUGAUGUCAUACUCGUGGUUCGGGAUGAAGAGUUUCAGGCUCACAAAUCAAUUUUGAAAGUUCGUAGUCCAGUUUUCCGCGCGAUGUUUACUGCUAACAUAAAACCAAACACAAAAGACCGAAUAAAAUUACCUGACAUGGAUCCGGUAAUUUUUAACAGCAUCCUCGAAUUUAUCUACACAGACAAAGUACCUGACGUAAUUACGGAAGAACUACUUGACGCUGCGGAGAAAUUCCAGCUUGAAUUACUCAAGAAAAUUUGCGAAGAAUUUUUUUGCGAGUCUGUAUCUACGGAAAAUGUUGUCUCCAUGCUCAUUUUAGCAGAUAAAUAUAAUGCGAAGCAACUGUUGGAAUACUCGGUAGAGUUUAUUGUCAGUAAUGCUAAAAGUGUCAUCGAUACUCCAGCGUACAAUGUUAUGAAGAAAUCAUAUCCAUCUUUGAUGGUAUUGCUAUUUGAAAAGUUUGCAGAUUCUAAAUAGUAUUAGAAUACUUGAUAUAUAUUUAUUUUAAUGUAUGAUAAGUGAGCAAAUGAGUAGCAGUCGUACCUACGUUUUGUAGGAUAUUAAAAUGAAGAAAGAUAAAAAAAAAUUUUAAGUACUCAGACUUUUUAUGCUUGAUAAAUUUUUUAAUUACUUACUAUUAUGUUUGAAAAAUUUUAAUUUGCCUCGAAUGUUCUUGCUUUUAAAAGUUUGAAUAGAAAGUGAAAAACAUUUAAUUUUCACAACUAGUUUACUCAUGUCACUCUUGCCAUAAUUUUUUAAUACUUAGAGAUACUUAAAUAAUUAUAGACUACACGAAAAAAAGAUUUCUUGGUGCAAGGAAUUUUUCGCAUUAUAAAUUAAAGACAAAAAUUUUCUAAGGAUUAGAGAAAAUUUUUUCUUGACCUAAGAAAAUUUUUAUUCUCAAUUUAUAAUGCAAAAAUUAAGGAACAAGUGAAAAUUUUUUUCACCAAUAAAUCCUUUUUUUACAGUGUAUAAAUUAUUUGUUAGAUUAAUUAUUUAAAUAAAAUAAUUAAUAAGUUAAAUAAUAGAUACAAGACUUUAUAAUCUCAAAUAAUUUUUGUCAUGUCAAUUAUUAAUUUAAUUUGUUUAUUUCAAUUGACGUUUAAAAGAAAAUUUAAUUUUUAAAAUCUUGUUUAGUUUAAAUGUUGAAAAAAUUUAAAUAUACCGCGGAUUUUUUUGCGUUUGAAAGUUUAAAAAGAACGCACGUCACUCUUGCCAUUAAUUUUAAUACUUCGAAAUAUUUAAAUAAUUAUAAAGUACACA